AUGCAGUCUCUCGAAGGGUUUGCCGAAAAGGCUAAUAGCUUCUACGGAAAAAAUAAAAAGGCCUGCCUAGCCGUAGGUGCCGUCGUUGGUAGCUAUGCCACGGUCAAGACUGUGUGCACAUUCUACCGCGCGUUCCGGCGAAUGCGUGCUCGAGCCUGCUUCCGAAACCUAGAGCCAGGCAUCGUGCACCUCUUUAUCUACCAGCGUUGGUCGCGUGGACCGAACUUCUUUCCACAAUGCGUGAAAGUCGAGACGUUCCUGCGGCUAGCAAAGAUCCCCUACAUCGUACACCUCAUGGAUGACUCGAGUCUCUCACCAGACGGUCGCUUGCCGUUUAUUGUGUGUGAUGGAAUGCCAUUGGUGGGCUGUGACUUUAUUAUCCAGUAUCUGACCACAAGGUUUGAUAUUUCUAUGGAUGCUCACCUCACACCGCAGGAACGCUCCGCGGGGAAGAUGCUUCAGAGGAUGGUGGAAACGCGGAUCGGCAACGGCCUCAACCGCAUGAUCUUCGUCGAGAACCCGCUCUGCGUGAAGAGGGUGCUUGACCAAUCGAAUGCGCGCCCACUCAGCGCCAUCCUUUUAGCACGCGAUAUACGCCAAACCGUCUUGAAGGAUUUGAGCCUCUCUGGAUACAUUAAACUUGAUCACAGAAAGCAUGAGGAGGAGUUUCUGGACGCCGUGCAAUCCCUAGAGGUGUGUUUGCGGCAAACUCCGUUUCUCUUUGGUGUGAGGCCGACUUCGUUUGACUGCUCUACUUAUGCAUGGCUGCAGGUGGCACGGGAGCUAGGCCCGCAUGGACUGGCGCUUUCCUUUAUAGCAAACAGUGAUAUCAUUGUCCAGUACAUCGAUCGCAUGACGUACGAGGCUUUCCGGGGGAUCGACACACUGCAAACCUCAUCCAAGACGCAACGGUUUGGGGAUGCAAUGUAA